CAAUACACGAUCACACCAUCACACCAAUACACCAUCACACCUAUACACGAUCACACCAUCACAUCACACAACCACAAAUACACGAUCACACCAUCACACCAAUACACAAAUACACCAUCACACGAUCACACCAAUACACGAUCACACCAUCACACCAAUACACGAUCACACCAAUUAACACCAUCACACCAAUACACGAUCACACCACCAUCGCACCAAUACACGAUCACACCAAUACGCUUUUGA